CAAGAACGUUAUCAUAACUUGUUACCUGUGAAUCUCAGUCCAGUAUCGUCUCGCUUAGUAGACUAUUUUAUCCGUAAACCUGUGCUCGCCAAAAAAUGCGGGAACGAACAUCGAGGGGUAUUUUUUACCCUUGCAAAUUAACAAUGAGAGCGAUUCUUCUUCUCUAUAUUUCCGCGAUAUCGUUAAAUGGAAUCGAUGCUCAAACAGAAAAGGAGACUUUCGAGAGUGCUUUCGGAUUGAAUGUGCCAGAACAAACAGAAAACAAAGAUAAUGUAGCUUUGACGGAAAAUAAGGAAUCGGUUCCUUUGGAAUUGGAGGAUCUUGCGGAAACAGAUAAGAAAAAAAUCGGAACGAUUCGGGAAAAGUCUGACACGGAAACGGAACUUUUUAAAUCUGAUCCUCAAGAUUCGAAAAAAGAAGUUGAACAAAAUAUAGGGAACAUUUCCGGUAGGACUGUUGAUGAAAGAAUGGGAAAAUAUGUGCGAUAUGAUUCAGAUUCACCGAAUGCCUACAGAUAUGCACCUCGAUCUGAUGACUCAGUUCCCGAUUAUGUUCUUCUUGAAUCGAGAUUGAAAGAAAUUCGAUCGGAAUUCAUGUAUUGGUAUUUUGACUUAGGAGGUGAAAGUGAACAUGGAGAUUAUCAAACGGAUAUUCAUGCAUCCACGGUGAUCAUUCACAAGAAUUUGAAUUUUCAACUUCCUUUUUUCGGAUUUCGAUUCAAUUACACCAGGGUAACCGUCAAUGGUUUCUUAGAGUUUAGUGAUCCUCCAGAUUACUAUACGCAUCCUUUGGUCUUUCCAAUCAAGGAUUGGCCCGAAAAAAACGAUCCAAGUUUUAUUGGGAUAUUUUUCAGUCAAUGUCGCAUAGGAAAACUUGGACCAAACGAUAUCGAUAAAAGAAGACCUGGUGUAUAUUUUCGACUCGAGAGAGAUCUGCAGAGAAGGACGGAUCAAUUUGGCGUUGAAAUGAGAGAACGAGUCAAGUGGGAUAUUCGUGAAGGUGUCGUGGGUUCAGAUUCGUUCGAUCCAAAGCAUGUCGUUCUUGUCACCUGGAAAAACAUUUCCUUCGUCGGUGGCCUUGAUAAUGCUCUCUAUAAAACGAAUACCUUUCAAAUGGUUCUAGCUACGGAUGAAGUUCACACGUAUGCGAUAUUCAAUUAUCUGAAUAUUCAAUGGUCCGCUCACACAUCAGCUGGUGGUGACAACUAUGCUGGAGAGGGUGGAGUACCUGCAUUUAUUGGAUUCAAUGCCGGUAAUGGUACACAAAGCUACGAGUACAAACCUUAUUCUCAAACGUCCACUUUACGAGACUUAACGGGUAGAGGAUGGGGCAAUGGUUUUCCAGGCCGUCACAUUUUUAGAAUAGACGAGAAAAUAAUGUUGGGUUCUUGUAAUAAAGAUAUAGCUGGUACUAACUUGCCUCUUGUAUUCGCUCCUGAAAGCGGAAACAUGUUGGGUGGUACGGUAGUCAAUAUCACAGGACCUUGCUUCAAUGAGACCGAGAAAGUCAGGUGUCUGUUCGAUACGGUCACGGUGAUCGGUCAUGUCAUAGACAGAAAUCGUGCUAUUUGCGUUCAACCAUUCGUACAAGCAGAAGGUUACGUUCGCUUGGAAGUAGCUAUUGGUAAUAGCGGAAAGUAUAAUUGGAAAGGAAAAUAUUUCGUUGAGACACCUGCUACUGCUGCCGAAAAAAUUUCUUUCACUACGACAGCCGUUCAUGAACUUGAUCCAGCGGAAAUAAAGAUAACGUGGAACCAAUACAACUUGACGAGCAAUUUGAACGCAGGUGUUCAGAUAUCAUUAUGGGGUUACAGAGAAACGAAGACUACUCCUGAGUUAAAAUUCAUUACUGAUCUUGAAGUAUCACAUACUAAUACAGGAUCUUAUAUAAUCAGACCAGCGAAUUAUCGUGAUAAGUACAAUCCUGACGAACAAGAUAUUGUGUUCGGCUUUAUAAAGAUAAAUCUAACAGAUCCGGCUCAGUAUUCUGGAAUUAAUAUUUCACCAGUUUUAUGGAGUAAACCGAUUCCAAUUGCUUGGUAUUUUGGUCCACAAUGGGAAAGACUAUACGGAUCUCGUUGGCCACAAAGAAUGUGUGAUAAGUGGAUUAUGAAUGAUAGAUAUUUGAAAAAUUUUGCUGCUGAAAUUGCAUUAUGUCCUUGCACCCUGAAUCAUGCUCUCUACGAUAAAGGACGAUUUAUGCCAGACUUCGAUUGCGAUAAGGACUCAAAUCCCGAUUGCUAUUACAACAGUCAUGCGAGUCAUUGCGUGAGGACUGGUGCACCAAAUUUGUAUGGCUCGGAACAACAAUGUUGCUAUGACAAAAAUGGUUAUUUGAUGCUUACAUAUGAUCAGCAAUGGGGUUCGCGACCACGUCGUGCGCAUAAUUUGGGAUAUUUUCCGUGGAAUGAAGCUAACAAAGUACCAACUCUCUCACAGUGGUUUCACGACAUGGUCCCUAUGUAUUUGUGUUGUCUGUGGCAAGAGGAACAGGCAGUCGGAUGUGAAACGUUUAGAUUCGAGAGACGUCCUUCGCAGGACUGCAUCGCUUAUCAGUCUCCGGCCAUUGCAACGGUAUUCGGUGAUCCACACAUUGUUACGUUUGAUGGGUUGGAAUACACGUUUAAUGGAAUGGGAGAAUUCGUAUUACUACGAGUGGAUCAAUUGAGAGACAAACUCAAUGUUCAAGCUAGGUUUGAACAAGUUGAAAGAAAUUAUUACGGAGCUGUUAAUGCCACUAAAUUGACAUCGAUUGCAGUGAUGGGAAAUAAUACCGCUAUUAUCGAGGUACGGCUACGACAAAAACACUCUCAAUGGAGGUACCGUUUAGACGUUUUUGCAGAUAAGCAACGCGUCUAUUUCGAUAGACCAUCCUUAAAGUUUCAACAUUUUUCCGGUGUAGUUGUAUAUACUCCGACAUAUAUCUUAAAUCAGAGCGAAGUUAUCAUAAUGAUGGACACCGGUGCUGGUGUCGAAGUUAUAGAAAAUGAAGGAUUCAUGUCAGCCAGAGUUUAUCUUCCCUGGUCAUAUAUGAAUAAAACCAGGGGAUUGUUUGGAAAUUGGAGUCACGAUAUUACUGAUGAUUUCACGAAUCCGGACGGUCAAUUAGCAUCCGUAGGCAAUUUAAACAAUUUUGAAGAAGUUCAUAAGAACUUUGCGAUGAAUUGGCUAUUGGAGGACAAGGAAACGGACGAUAAAGGGGCUGCUUUGUUCACAAGGGAGUUUGGUAGGACUGCGACCUUUUUUGCCAAUCGAAAAUUCCAAGCAGAAUUUCAUCGAACGCCCGAAGAAAUAUUACCGGCUAAUAGAACGGAAGAUCGAAAUCGAGCGAACGCUUUGUGCGGAGAUUCGUAUCAAUGCAAGUAUGAUUACGCGAUGACACUCAAUCGGGAUUUCGCACACUUCACGAGAACUUAUUACGAUACCUACACGCAAAUAAAGGCAAUAAACGAUAAGAGGAUUAUAUCCUGUGGUAUAUUGGAAACACCACGUUUCGGGCGCAAAAGCAAUUUUCUGUUUAUACCCGGUGCCAAAGUAAGCUUCGAAUGUAACCAAGAUUUUAUACUCGUUGGAGAUCAACGUCGAGAAUGUACGCCGGAAGGACGAUGGAACAUUCCGGAGUAUGGAUACACCGAAUGUCUCCGUCAACAGGAAUACAGUUCCCGACAAGCUGGUAUCACAACUGGUAUAGUACUUGCUAGUAUAAUUCCCAUUGUACUCAUAAUAAUUUGCGUUGCAUCAAGAGUUCUUAGGCAACGCAAAGAAGAACGAGAGCGAGAUGAGUCAUUUGGAAGAACACGUACUUUAGAACUCCAACGACUCAGAAAGAUUGACGAAGACGAUGAUUCCAGUACAUAUCCGAGUAAAGCUACUGAAAUUAAUUAAAACGAAUAAUUUUCAAUAUCGCCUAUCAUUGCACCAGGUCAGCGCAUCUUUCGAAUUUGCAUUAUAUUAUUCGCUCUUUCGUAACAAUUCAUUCUUAACAAUUAUUCAUUGAAUUUAAAGCGAAUUAGAAUAUUGAUAUAACAGUUCUAAUAUUCAUACACGAUAACAUUUAUUUCAUAAAAUUAACAUGACCAUUUUUCAUUAUAAUUAUAAUAAUACAUAUCACAAAUACAAACUGUAGUUUUUUCUAAGAGCUAUAUAUUUUUAAAUUAAAAAAAAAAAAAAAAAAAAAAGAAAAAGAAAAUCACAAGAACACAAUUUAGACAACCACCGAUCGUAAUGUCUUUUUUUUUUACUUUUUUCUUUUUUUAUUGCAAAUAGAUCUCCGACGAAUCUAGAAUUAGAUAUACAUAUAUGUAUAUAAAUAGGUUUUUUAAUUUAUAAUUCAUAUGUAAUAUUGUAAAUUAUGUAGAUUGUUGCGACAAUAUAAUAGAUUAUAAAUUCUUAUUAAUAAAGAGAAUAUGAAAACAAUAAAAAAUAUAUCAAAGAUGAUAUCAUAUUUUUUAUAUCAUUUUUGAAAUAAUCAUCAUUACCAUGUUUUUAUCGGUGAUAUAAUUCUCACCUCCUAUCGGCCGUAUAAUGUAUCAGAAGAAAGUGGAAUUAUCGACCGAGUUAGUAGUCGAGAUCAAACGUAUUUUAAAUGUAGUAUUCGCUCUACUAUUCCGGUAGUCAAUGAUUAAACUAUUUACGUCGGGCUUCCUGCUCUCUCUCACUCUCGAGCUGUUUAGGAUGCACGUUAUUUCACGGUUGUUCAUUGUUACGAGUAAUUACGGCAAUUUAUUUCAUUUGUGACACACAUUGUGUAUACGAACCGUGUUGCAUGUUAAAAUAUAAAUGUACACUUGCGGUGGCCGGUUACGAAUUAUGAGUGUUAUUAUAUUUUGCGUGGUAAAAAUUUUCGAAUAAAACGUUACAACUUUUGUUCAAAACAUUCAUCGAACUUAUGAGAUAAUUUGGAUGA